CCGGAAAUGAUUGACUAUGGUGUUAAAGUUAAAGCAUGGAACUAUAGGCUAAGUCUACUCACUAGACCUAGUAGUGAUUCAUUUCAGUGCAAAGUUUCUGCAGGAAAUGAAAAAAAUCAGACAUAGGUUUUGUUUACACCAAGAGUUGUUCCAGAGCUAGGAGCUCCGAGGUAUCUUGUUACUGAUGGACGAUGAUUACGCGGAGCAGUUAGAGGAAGAUUUACUUUUGAGCAACAAACAACUGAAAGAAUGCAAACAAAUGGUAAACGAAAAACACAACAUAAUUUUGGAGUUAAGGGAUGAGCUAAACAGCCUCAAACAAGAGCUAAUAGAGAAGGACGAUUUCUUGAACUCUGCCAAAAAAGAGAUCAGGACAUUGAAGCAAACAGGAAAAGAAAUGAUGAAUGAGAUGAAUAAAAUGCAGUCAGCUUUAAAUUGUCAGACUAGUGAGAUUAGUAGCCUAAAGAAAAAGAUGUCCAGCGCGAUAGAUGAAAUUGAAUGUACUAGGGAAGAGAACUCAUCUCUUGAGACAACCCUGGAGAUGGCGCGAGAAAAGAUUAAAUCUUAUGGUGACACUCUUAAGCAGAUGGAGAAUGAGUUAAGAACUUCCCAAAGGAAACUUCAGGAAAGAGAUGAUGAGCUUGAGGAUCUUCGAAGCAAUAUGCGAUGUCUCAAUGAACGGUACCAUAGCUUGCAAGAAAGAGCUACAUUGCAGGAAUCUAAAUUCCAGAGAGAGGUCCGGAGACUGAUUUCUGAAGCCGAUGGCCGAUGUCCCAGUGGAAGUAAAAGCGUAGCUUGCUGUAACAAGAAGACUCGGUGCAACAAAGAUAACGAAAGGUCAACCAAUUUUUGGCAAAAAUAGGAGCUGCAAGUAAUAUCUUAUCUCGGCUGACGGCUCUAGACAUGUAGCACCUGUCUCUCAUUCAUCAGCUGUCUAUACAUCCUUUGGCUAGCCUAGUAGCGCCAUCGAUUAUUAUAAUAUAUAUAUAUAUAUAAAUCUGUAUAACAAGCCAUAGGUGACAAGGAAUCACAAGAAAAUUUAACGUUAAUUAAUCUCUGAAGUUGAUUCAGCUAUUUUUGUUUUACACCCGUAUUAAAAAAAAAAAAAGGAUGCAAUUAAACAGUAUUAUAAAAAGU